CAUGCGUUGUAGGCGGACCGAGAGGGGUCUCACCAGACAAGUCACCGCGGAGACAGUCAGGCAGCUUUCAAGAUUGGGUCAACGAGGAAACUAGAGUUGUCUGAACACAAGUUUUGAAGUUUCCAGACAGGAGAAGUUAUUUUUUUUAAUCGUCCCGCUACGUGACGUUGUGUCAGACUAAGGGUGUCCGGUUUCCUAGUCUUGAGGGAUUGCGAUGCCCUCUGACUUUAUCUCCCUUUUCAGCGGGGACCUCGACCUGAAUCCUCCCAGAGCCUUGUACUCGAAAGAAUCAGCGUAUGAUCUUCUUCCAAGAAAGCUACAGUUGUCUUCCUCCACUCAGCAGAACCUAAAAAUAAUGAGUCAAAAGAGCGGUGGAGAGGCCGGGCCUCCUCCUUCAGCUGCUAUAGCAUCAGAUGCCAUGUCUUCUUCUAUGACCAUGGAGAGCCCCUGCAGUGCUUUUUCCACCUCUUCCAGCUCCACCAUUCAUUCCAGCACUUCACCCAGUGACCAAAACACAGUUCACUGCAGCAAUGUGGACCCAGAUGACAUCAGGACUGGUAAAGCUGGACCUGAGGCUGUCGGGGCAGAAGGUGGGAAUGGUAACGGCAGCAGUGGAGGUACCUGCAGGGGAAGCAGCGACAUGACGCCAUCUAAACGCCGCACUAUAUUAAACAUCUCUCCACCACCACAAGAUCUGUUUGAUGACAGCCAGAUGUCCUGCCAGGGUGAAGCAUCUCUGGACUCUGAGCAGAGUAACAGCAUCUGGAUGGAUGACUCUCUCUCCAACUUCAGCAUCAUGAGCACUGUCUCUUACAAUGACAACACAGAGGUUCCUCGAAAGUCCCGCAAGCGGACGCCUCGCCAGAGGCCCGGGCCCAAGUCUGUGCCUCCAGGGGAAGGCAGCAUGGAUGUGUUUGAUGCAGACAGUGCUAAAGGGCCUCACUUUGUUCUCUCACAGCUGGGCCCUGACAGCAAGACUGGACCAAAAGGAAGCUCUGAUGAUCCUCAUACUCCUAAACAGAAAGGUGGAACUCUUUUGAUACAGUACCCACAGAAGAGUGAGGGGAAGGAGCUAAAGAUCCUCGUCCAGCCUGAGACACAACACCGCGCUCGAUAUCUGACUGAAGGCAGCCGAGGGUCCGUGAAGGACCGCACGCAGCAGGGCUUUCCAACUGUGAAGCUGGAGGGAGUGAAUGAGCCGGUAGUUCUUCAGGUGUUUGUGGGCAAUGAUGCUGGCCGUGUGAAGCCUCAUGGAUUUUACCAAGCCUGCAGGGUCACAGGACGAAACACCACGGCCUGUAAAGAGGUGGACAUCGAUGGAACAACCGUCAUCGAGGUGUCCCUUGAUCCAAGCACAAUGAUGACACUGGCGGUGGACUGUGUUGGGAUCUUGAAGCUCCGUAAUGCUGACGUCGAGGCUCGCAUCGGUGUGGCUGGGUCAAAGAAGAAGAGCACACGCGCUCGGCUGGUAUUUCGGGUCAACAUCCCCCGUCCAGAUGGUUCGGUGCUCACACUGCAGACUCCAUCAUCUCCAAUCCUGUGCACUCAGCCUGCAGGAGUGCCUGAAAUCCUGAAGAAGUCUCUGCACACGUGUUCAGUGAGGGGAGGAGAGGAGGUUUUUAUCAUUGGCAAAAACUUCCUGAAAGACACCAAAGUAAUAUUUCAAGAGGAUGUUUCAGAUGAGACUUCGUGGAAAGCAGAGGCUGAAAUUGACAUGGAGCUUUUCCACCAGAAUCACUUGAUAGUGAAAGUUCCUCCAUACCAAAACCAAACCAUCACCACCCCGGUGUGUGUGGGGAUCUAUGUGGUGACCAAUGCUGGGAGAUCCCAUGAUGUUCAGCCUUUUACCUACACACCUGAUACAGCCAAAAAUGAUGUUCCUGUGAAGAAAGAGGCUCCCUCUCCAGUGAAGACUUGCCCAUUUGAUGAACAAAUUAAAGUUCUAGAUGGGGCCUUGCUGCCUUCCUUGUUACCCUUAGUGAAGCGAGAGGAUGUCACACCAAUGGAGAUCACAAGCAACCUCCAGUCUUCAGGUGUUUUUAAGCAGACUGAAGAUUUGUCGACAGCCCAGCAGAACCUAGACUUGACCACAGGCCAUCUCAGUAAAAGCAGACCAUUCCCCAACAGCCUAUCUCAGCCUGCAGGCGACCCUGACAAGAGCCAGCCAUCUGUUUUUCCCAACACAGAGUCCUUAAGCACUAUUCAGAAACAGGACAUUGCACCCACCAGCUCAUUUUCAGUGCCCACUGACUCCCUGCUCCAGCAGAGCUCGCUGCAGUUCCUCCCGGAGAGAGAGGGCCUUGAGCAGGAGAGACCUGGAAGUGGCUCUGGAGCUGUGGGGAGGAUGUGUGGAGAGCAGGCACCGCAGCAGCAGCAGCAGAUACCUAUGUUCCCCUCAGACGAAGUGGCCAGGCUGGAGGAGGCUGUUAGGCAACUCAAAGCCAGAGGGUUUUGUAACUUAGAUGACACCAUGGCCAAGCAGCAGCAACAGCACAUCCAGCAUCAGCAACAGAUCCAAAAACAGCAAAUUCAGCAGCAACAGCUUCAGCAGCAACAGCAGCAGGUUUUGGAGAACUUACAGCAGCAGCUGUUUCAGUCACAGAUUCAGAUGCAGUGUGGCAUGUUUCAAGAUGCAUCUCAAGGCAAAAAUGUGGAGCAACAGAGCCCAUCACAAGGAGUGGUGCCAAACCAAGGGACGCUUUUCCAACAGGCCCAGCAGCAACAACAACAGCAGCAACAACAACAGCAGCAGCAGCAGCAGCAGCAAGCGGCUCUCUUUCAGCAGGCGAGUGACCUGCUCUCCAUUCAGACCAACUUCCUCCAGCAGACGCCCUCACACCCUUCUCCACCCAUGUUCCACAAUCCCACUUCUUUAGCUGAAACUCAAGAUCCACAGGGGGGUUUGUUUCAGAAAGCCUCCCAGGAGCAGGUCCAGGCCGCUCUGUUCCAAAAUACCAUGACAGUCCUGCAGUCUCCAGACCAGCAGCCAUCAGCUCCUGGACUUUUCCUCAGUCAGGGCAGCAGUGCGCAACAACAGCAGCAACAGCAGCAGCAACAGCUGGCUUUCCUCAGUGCGCUACAAACUCCUGCUCCUGAACCACAGUCAGUAUUUCAGGCUCAAACCCAGCUCUCCCCCAUCCAACAGAGAGGCCCCAUGGAGCAGCAGCAACCCAGCCAGUCUCAACCCCACACACAGUCAGCUCAGCAGGCCUCCCUCUUUCAGAACAUCUCCCAACAUCCAGCUGCAAACACUCUCAGUGCAGGCCAGCAGCAGCAACAACAAGCUGGUCUACUCUUCUGCAACAGCCGCCUCUCCUCUCCAGAUCAGGCCUCUAGUCUCAUGUUCAGCAGCCAGGGCCAGAUGCCAUCGCUAACCAGCAGCAGUCUAGUUUCCCAGGAGACCCAAAACCCCUCUCAGCUUUUUUCUCAAGCCAGCAUGGUAACAGUCAACCAGCAGGAUCGCUCUGAGCCCAUGGCCUUAGGGAACCCCGCAGAUCCUCGACAGCAGGUCAUGUUUCAGGAGCAGCAGCCGAUGCAGUUGGGCAGCAGCUCAAACAGCCGGCAGGAGCAGCCUGUGGGCCUCUUUCUGCCUCAGUCGAACAUGGCCCCUCUGCAGGGGGGGCUGGCUGCUCAGGAGCUUGCACAAUCAGCUAUGUUUGCUUCGCAGAACGGCGUGGCAAACCUUCAAACAACCACCUCGUCCCCCGUGCAGCAGCCAGGGACUCUGUUUCAGACAGCUGUCAGUGGAAACAUCAAUCAGCCCAGCCAGCCUCCACAAUCAGGGCUCUUCCUGUUUGGGAUUCAGAAUGAGUGUGGCCCGCUGAUGAGUACUCCUGGGAAUACUCUUUCAGAUCAGAUCAUCGCCAUCAGCCAGUCUGGUCAGAACCAAAGAGAGAGUGAAGCUCACAUCCAGUCUCUGCUCAGCCAGUCCCUGUCUCAGCCUGGGUCCGUGCAGAACAGCAUGACGGCUUCACAGAACAUGGAGAAGAUUGACGACCUGCUGGUCAGCCUGCAGGAGUCCAGCAGCAACUUAACUCGCUCAUUCUAGACAUGAUGCGGGGUCAACAAUUUGUCUUGUGUUUGUUACCUGUAAUAUUCAGUUUAAUCGAUUGAUGUUGACAAGUCAUCAAAAUUCUCUCUUUUAUUAAGUACAAGCAGUACGCAAUUUUAGAUCUUUUAUUGUCUGCAAUGAAAAACAGUAGCUAAAGGGUGCUAAACAUUAUUUAGUGCUGCUGGCCUUGUUGAGCUAGCCCCCCCCCCCCAAAUAACUCAAAAAAUAACUCUUCAGACUGAAAUUAAUUAUGGCUUUAUCUCACAAAAAGCACAAAGUUGACUUUUUUGAAUGACUUAACAUUGUUAAAACCUGCAUCGCUUGAGACAUUCAGUCACAUUUGGGCCAUUUUAUCCAUUUACCUUGUAAAGUUUUGCGUAUGUCUGUAGGUAGAUUGUCGUUGAUGUUAUCAUCUUUCAGUUCUUGUGGCGUUUCCUAAAAUGUUCUCUGAAGUGUUUAGUGGUUUACAUGCAUAAUGUUCCCUUUCAUGUUCAUUUUUAGCGUAUUUUUUAUGUAUUAAAGGCUAAGUGUGAGGUUCAGCAGAGCGAUAAGGCAGGGUGUGGUAGGUUUGGUUGAAGGUAGCCACUGUUGAUGAGAAAUGGUUCUUGUGUAACCCAACAGGGCAGAAAGUUGUUAUAAGAAGGUUAGAGAGGUAGAAAAAAGCAGAAAAAAUAAGACUUAGAGGAAGGACAGGGAGUGAUACAAACAUUUGAUUUGUUGUGAAACAGGCAUCUAUUAUAUACAGUGUGUAGGUUGAUCGUUUUCUCAAAGUUUAAGCAGGAACUAAUAUUGGUUUGAAAACCCUCUCUGUGUCAGAUAGCUAACAAAAGGGACUGGCUUUGGUAAAAGAAAUAACAUACUCUAAAACUGCUUAGUAGUUGCACAACGAAAGGACUUAGUGGCUUUAGUUUUGCUCAACAAAAGGCUAAAUUAGGGCUACUCUUAUUGAUGUGUGUGGCACAGUAUUACUUUAAGAAUAAUAUUUAUAGUUAGCAAACAGCUGUUAAGUGAAGAUGGCCACCUCCAGCUGUGCUACAGAUCCAUCAAUAGUACAGCACAUAUCUCCACCAUCAUGUACAGAUAGCACUUUGUGAUAUAGGUUAGAACAUAUUUAGGCUAACCUUUAGUCUCUAUUCAUCUGAUGUAACUGUGUCAUUUUUAUCAGGUUCUUAUUUAGUGCUUUAUACAAAGAAUAUUUUUCCUUUUGUCUACACUUUACAAUGCUGUGUGGCCACCUCACUCACUGAGGGUACAGUACAGUCCCACAAUGAGGUGGUGCUUUUUCCUUCAUUGUUUACAGUAAAGAAAAUACAUUUCUUAGUUGCACAUGGAUCAGAAAUUAUUGUCAUUACUGUGCGGUGUUAGCAAAGAGGAUAUUUGUGCAGCCAGGCAAAUUCUCCAAAAUAGUCUCCAGUCUGUCUGCUGUUUCUCCAAAAUAUCUCUUUGUAGUAUAACAAUGCAUCACAUUGUUUCUUUGUUCCCAAGUCAAAACAAGACCAAAAAUGUAUUCCUGACAACCAACUUUGACACAUGUGGAUCAAGACAUUCAAAAACUGUAAGAACAUGUAACUCUUAUUUAAGUAGACCUACAGUGGAGAGAGUAGGGUGUAUUAUAGUGUGUUUUAUUUUGUGUCGUAGUGGUUAGACCUUUGUGUGUUUUAGUGUCACUGUGAUGUCUUCACUCUGCGUCGGGCACGCAUGAACUGGAAUAGUAUUCUUAAAAAAGCUAGAAACGAGCCUUAUCUUUUUUUCAAAGCAGUUUUAUUAAUGUGAUGGGUUUAGCAAAGGCAAGAGUCUGUGGGCUUCAUCUCACCCAGGUUAAGGCAUUUACAUGCAGAAACAGAGCUCUUUACAUGUAAACUUUACAAGUUUUAUAGAUUAAAGUCUAAAAUCUUUGUCUGCAGUCAGCCAGUGGCCUCAGGACCAAAGUUUGACUCAAAUCUUGCUUUGUAUAACUCCUGAUGACAGGCCAGUUUUAUGGCUUUUAUUUUCUUUAUUUCUGACUUUUAAGUCAAAAAAAAAAACAUUGACAUUUAUUUGCCUUUUAAAGAUACAGAUUUCCUUAUUGGGCAUAGUGUCACUCUUUUCUCUUGUUCUGUUGUUUUUGUAGUGUUUGGAAAUAAACGUGUUUAUGGUGUUUCACUGUUAAGUGUGUGCAUGAACAAGGGGCUGGUCUCUGAAAAUCGCAGGAUUAGCUCAGUUUAAUGCUUGUCUUGUUUUCUUUGUAAAGUUUGUUAGAAACUCAUCUACACCGUUACAUUUAUACACUUUUGAAUCAAAUAACAAGUGUGGAGAGUGUGUAAAUUUGACCAAUGUGAUCAUUCUGUCUGAGUGCUUUUAAAGGGAGCCUGCUCCUGAAGGAAAAGAGCUGUAUGUGAUAGGGUUUCUUCAACAUGUGAAACAGAAGAACUGAGAUUUCUAGUGUGAAAUUGAAUUUAUUUUACAAAGAUGAAAAUUUUAAAAAAAAUUUUCAGGUUAAGUGCCUUUGCCCCCUCUCAGAGAGGCGUAUCCUAUUUAUUUGGGUGUUAGUUUUCCAAUGAUCAGUUGUAUUCAUAUAUUUUACCGUGUUUAAUGUGACUUGGUCCACAAACUUAUUCUGUAAAUGGCGACUGAUGGUGAUGCCUUCAUAUCAUCUGCUCUUUUAGACUUACAAUCAGAGUCUGUAGUCUUUUUUUUUACAAACAGCAAGAAAAAUGCCACAACCUAUUUGUUAAACUCAAAACCCUUAAAAGAGGACCAAGAAAAUUCAGUAUUUCUUCUCUGAAUAAAGAACUGAAUGUGAUUAUACUCUAUAGCUGUAAAUGUCUCGCUUAGAUGCUGAAUGUUCUUUUAUACACAUACUGAGGAGGUAAUUACUUUUUUGAAAUUACAGUUUACUCAUGUGUGUAUUUACUAUGUACCUUCAUUAAAAAGUGUGAGUCAGAAUAUAGUCAUUUGUACUUUUGUGGAAAAAGUGGAAAGAAAGUUCUCAUAUUUCCUGAAAUGUCUGUUUCCUGCAAUAGAACAACAACAGUUAACAACACUAUUCAGUCUAAUUUCACAAGUGUUCAAAUGGUGAAUGUUUCCCUAAAUUGUCACUUUAUUCACUAGUAGAUAUAGUUCAUGUGCCUUAAGGAGAGUUAGUAGUAGUACAACUGAUUGAUUUGUUUUUUUUACCAAUGGUGCCUGUUUAUUGCCCCACAGUGGAGUAGUCCUUACUAACCAGAAUGUUUGAAGCCAUAAGACUUUAAGUGUACUUUAAAUGCUCGACAACAGUGACCAGUUUAACGGGGUUUUGGUUGGUAAUAUGUUUUGUGCAAUUUCUGUUGUGUGUCUCACUUGUUUGUACUGAAGUAUCCAUUGCAUUUAUGUUCUGUAACAUAGAUGCAGGCAAAUUUUCUCUGAAACUGCUAUGCAGCUAAAAUACUGUAAAUGUAGAUGUAUUACUUUUUGAAUAUAUAUUUUUUUCUAAAUAGCCUCUCUAAAGUAGAAAACCAAAGUAGAUGUUCUUUCUAUUAUUUAUGUUCAUGCUAAUUGAAAUAUGCUCUUUCAAACAUUUUCUAAACUAAAAUCUGAACUCUCCAGACAAAAGUUCACUAAUGGUUUGUCCCUCUUCUGUAUAUCCAGGCUUACUGUUUAAUGUUGCAGUCAUUCCCUAUACUCCUGACUUCUCUCAGUUGUUCUUAUUCAGAUCAAUAAAUGCAAAUAAUGCAAAAUGAUAAUUUCCAAAAACAGUUUGCUUCCUUCAUGUGUCUGCAACAUCUCUACAGGGUUUCCUGCUGCUAACAAGACUGAACUACUUAUCAGUAAACUAACUUCUCCAUUUGGACAAAGGAAGAGGGGGGAAUGUGCCUUAAUUUCUAACAAUUUGAACAACUGUCAAAUUAUUACCCUUUGAGAUUUUGUUUCACUGAAUUUGGCUUUUGUUGGGAUGUUUUUAUUCUCUUGCAAAUAUAUAUUUCAUUAAAUCUGCUCCUAUCUUUAUUAAAUCUAUAAACUGUAAAUGUUAUGUCUCUGACCGGCUGUUUCAUGUUUUGUGGUUUUUUUACUGCUAAGAAUCAUGAGGUAGUCAUUUGACAAUACAUUUUCAAUGUUUGAGAUUUCUCUAAUAAAGGCAGCCUUACUGAAGUAACUGA